AUGUUCCUGGAUCGUCUACGUAACACACGUUCAAACAGCGCGUACGUUGCGGAAUACUUCGACGGUACCGCGCUCUACACUAACGUGACGAAUUACUCCCCAAUGCAAGCCUUCCGCGAACUUCCUGUGCAACAAGCAAUUAGCGUACAUGGCUUCUCGAUUCAGCAACUCAUGAUUCAAAUUAGAGAGUUGGCAAUGGGAAAGCGACUGGCAUAA